AUGGCUCCUAAACGCUCGAAGACUACUAAGGUUUCCAUUGAAACUCCUAGCUGGAUGUCGGAAGAAGAGGCAACAAAGCAUGCUUCUGAAUUUCAGGUUGUUCUUGUGCAAGAACAGUCGGCGAGUUUGGCGAGGCUAUAUUGUUCACUCACAUUGACGCUGAGAGGUCCCUACAGAACUCCACUCUUGGGUCCUCAUUAUCAUCAAGCUAAGCCCAAAAAUUUGCUGGCUUUGGACACUCGUUUGGUUCGAGCUCCAUUUUCCUAUGGUUUGGAGGACAUCGACUGGGGGUCGUGGGAUGCGAACUUGGAGCGAUUGGGUUUGAAACCUGACGUGCCUCUUCCCGAGGUUUCCUUCCUUGGGCUGAUUGGGUAG